AAUACGGUCACUAAUCACUUAAAACUCAGAAGGAUUAAAACCUGGGAGAAGCAAAGCAAAGGAAGAAAGGGGAAAAAAAUGGCGAUGACACCAAUUUCUAGUGACACAUUCAAGCUAGGGUUUAUUGGAGCUGGAAAAAUGGCGGAAAGUAUUGCUCGAGGUGUUGUUAAUUCCGGUGUUUUGCCUCCUUCUCGGAUUCGAACCGCUCACCUUGGUCUCCCUCGUCGCGAAGCUUUCCAGUCCUUCGGAGUCUCUGUAUUCGACAACAAUGUCCAGGUUGUUGAAGAUUGUGACGUGAUUAUUUUCUCUGUAAAACCUCAAAUUGUCAAAGAUGUGGUGCUACAGUUGAGUCCAAAGCUUUCAAAGAAGCAGCUCCUGGUAUCAGUUGUUGCGGGAACAAAACUGAAGGACUUACAGGAAUGGGCUGGGCAAAGCCGUUUUAUUAGGGUGAUGCCUAAUACUCCUGCUGCUGUUGGAGUGGCCGCAUCAGUGAUAAGUUUGGGAGGGACAGCAACUGAGGAGGAUGGUGAUCUUAUAGAAAGAUUAUUUGGAGCAAUUGGCAAGGUUUGGAGAGCCGACGAAAAAUUGUUUGAUGCAAUUACUGGUCUUAGUGGGAGUGGGCCAGCAUAUAUAUUUUUGGCCAUAGAAGCCUUGGCUGAUGGAGGAGUUGCUGCAGGUCUACCACGAGAACUUGCCAAAGGUUUAGCUGCUCAAACUGUUCUUGGAGCAGCAUCCAUGGCUGUUAAUAGUGGAAAGCAUCCUGCUCAACUCAAAGAUGAUGUUGCAUCACCAGGAGGCACAACUAUUGCUGGCAUUCAUGAGUUGGAGAAAGGUGGAUUUCGAGGCACCUUGAUUAAUGCUGUAGUGGCAGCUGCAAAGCGUGGCCGUGAACUUUCCCAGAGCUAACUUUGUCAAGGAAACAUCUCUAACUUUCAAUUUUUGAGGGCAGCAGCCAGUGGAGCUGAACCACGCAAAAGGCUACAGAAAAUCGUGUAUAGUCACUACUCAUUGGUAGAGGUCUACGUAAUGCGCAUUUGUCUAUUGUUUUGGCUGAAUGCUUGGAAUUUUUUACCGCCGGAAGCAUAUCAGUUAUCGAAUACUAGCAUGCUGUAGUCGACUUUCGAAAUAAGUGCCCCUAAUUGUUUUCAUUGAACAGUCAGGGUAAUCUGUAAUAGUUUUCUAUUUCCAAACAGUGAAUUGAUAUUAGAAGGUCGUCAUUUUUCUAGGGUAACAAUCUAAAAGAGAUGAUAUCACGUCUAUGGUUGAACGGCGGUGCACUGCUGUCCAAGCAUUGGUACUUCAUUGUCACAAAAGAAACGAGACUAUGAGAUGACCACGAUAUGGAGAUCAUGCCUCAUAAUAAAAGGAUAUCAUAAAUUUUGUAUGUUCUUUUGUAUAUAUGAGAGUUUGUUUAUAAGAAAACACAUGUUUCUAGA